AUGACAGCACCCUCUUCGCCGUUAAACUCCACAGCCUCAGCUCAAAGUGACCAUAAUCGCCGCCGGCGCUCAUCGUUCAUGGACUAUGGCGGCGCCAACUCGCUUCACAAGUUCGCCUCGUCGUAUACACGAGCGCAACAGCAUAGCGGAUCUUCACUAAUGGAAAGACACGACUAUAACGAUGAUGACGACGACGACAACGACGAUGCUGAUGGCGAAGGCGAAGGCGAUAUUGGUGGUGACUACUACAGAGCAGGGGAAAGCGGGCGUCCAGGGAUUCACCCUCGUUUAUCUUCGCCAUUACCCCCCUCGGCGCUGUACGCGAGCGUGGCAGAUGAAAGCCAAGAUGGUGAAGAGAAUGAAAUAGAUGCGAGGAUAGCAGUGCAGAACCACGAAGGUGAUCUAGAGGUGGGUGUGUUGAAUGGUGAAACUGCGCCAUUGAUCAUCCCCACUACAUCGAAACUGGGCCGAAGGAGCAGCAGCGUGGCGUCCCUUAAUCGACAUGGCGGAACGUCAACUUCAGCGCAAACGAUAUUCAACUCGAUAAACACCUUGGUUGGCAUCGGCAUGCUUUCGUUGCCAUUUGGAUUCCGUCUCAGUGGAUGGAUCUGCGGGGUUGUGUUGCUCGUGGGCUCGGCACUCAGCACGAAUUUGACUGCCAAGUAUCUAGGCCGAAUCUUGCAUUUGCAUCGGCACCAGCUGCAUCAGAUGACGACUUAUGCUGACAUUUCAUAUGCGUUUGGAGGUCGAGUUUUCGCUUUGGUAGUUACUGGGUUUUUCGUGUUGGAUCUACUUGGAGCUUCACUUUCCUUGAUCAUAUUGUUUGCUGAUUGUUUCUACUUUGUUUGGCCCCACGUUAACUAUUUGAAAUUGAUUAUUGUGGUGAUGGUGUUCGUGACUAGCUUUUUGCCGUUGAAUAUCUUGUCCAUGUUCAGCUUGGGUGGAAUCUUGGCUACUAUAGGCAUAAUUUCGGUUAUUAUCGGCUGUGGGUUCAUUAAUGUCGUCGAUGAUAGUAACACUACUGAUAGCGCAUCAUUUGUCAUUGAUUCGUUGCUACAUUUUGCUCCAACAGAAAUGUUUCCUCGCAACUUUAACAGUUUAUUGUUCAGUCUUGGCAUAUUCAUGGCUCCCUGGGGUGGACACCCCGUGUUUCCCGAGUUAUAUCGAGAUAUGAAACAUCCGCAAAAAUUCAGCAAGUCGAGCAACAUUUCAUAUCUCAUCACUUUUGUUUUAGAUUUCACCAUUGGUGUUACCGGCUAUUUGAUGUAUGGAACUUUAGUUGAUGACUCGAUCAUCAAGAACAUCAUGCGCAAUCCAAGUUAUCCCGCAUGGGUCAACAAGGUCUUGUGUUUAUUGAUGGGGAUCUUACCAAUAUCGAAACUUCCGUUAGUGACGCGACCCAUCAUUACGUCGUACGAAAGAAUAUUGGGCAUAUCACCUCCGCCGAAAGCCCCGCACUAUUCUCCGAGCUCCAAUGCGCAAAUUGAACAAGACAAUGCCUUGAGAAACAACGACAACUGCAACGACAAUGACGACGAUGAAGAAGAGAACUUCAAGCUUCAUCGUGACAUGGCGUCUCUGCACUCACCAUCAACUUUGAAAACCUUGCGAGUUCUUGCACGAUUCACUUUUUGCUGUAUUCUACUCCUUUUAUCAUUAUUCUUCACUUCUUUUGGCAACUUGAUCUCAUUCUUGGGAAGCGCCAUUUGUUACACAGUCUGCUUGACACUACCAAUGAUGUUUUAUUUGAAAUUGAACAGAUCAAGAAUCUCAGUUUCAACCAGCUGGUUUUUGAAAAUUGGAGUUGCAAUUUCCAUCGUUUUGGCCGUGUUGGGAACUUACGCUUCAAUCACAAUCAAAGUUUAG